AGCUAGCUAGGGCUUCUGGUCGAGAAAUAUGCCGGCCGGGAUUAUGAUUCCGGCAAGAAAUAUGCCCUCGAUGAUCGGGAGGAACAACAACGUUGGUGGCGGGUUUGGAUCAUCCUCAGGCCUUUCUCUUGGUCAGCAGCCAAACAUGAUGGAAGGUCAGCUCCUCCCAGCACUGGACAUGGCUCCAAACACAUCAGAGAGCGACAUCCCUCGAAUCCGAGACGACGAUUUCGACACUGCCACCAAGUCCGGGAGUGAAAAUCAGGAAAAUGGCGCCUCCGGUGACGACCAAGACCAACGCCCCAAGAAGAAGCGCUACCACCGCCACACCCAGCACCAGAUCCAGGAAAUGGAAGCUUUCUUCAAGGAGUGCCCUCAUCCCGAUGACAAGCAAAGGAAGGAGCUAAGUCGCGAAUUAGGGUUGGAGCCAUUGCAGGUCAAGUUCUGGUUCCAAAACAAACGCACCCAGAUGAAGAACCAACAUGAGCGGCACGAGAACUCGCACCUCAGAGCCGAAAAUGAAAAGCUUCGUGCCGAUAACAUGAGGUACAGAGAAGCUCUUGGCAAUGCCUCUUGUCCUAACUGUGGUGGACCAACCGCUAUAGGAGAAAUGUCCUUCGAUGAACAUCAUUUGAGACUCGAAAAUGCCCGCCUAAGAGAAGAGAUUGAUAGAAUUUCCGCAAUUGCUGCCAAGUACGUAGGGAAGCCGGUGGUGAACUAUCCGCUACUCUCUCCAUCUUCGGUUCCACCUCGUCCUCUAGAGCUUGGGGUUGGCGGUGGUUAUGGCGGACAGGCAGGUAUUGCUGGCGGCACCGGUGACAUGUAUGGAGGAGCCGGAGAUCUUUUGAGGUCCAUAAGUGGACUCACAGAAGCCGAUAAGCCGAUGAUCAUAGAGCUUGCUGUUGCGGCCAUGGAAGAACUGGUGAGAAUGGCUCAGAUGGGGGAGCCUCUUUGGAUGACCACCCUCGAUGGCUCCACCACUGUGCUCAAUGAGGAAGAGUACAUGAGGUCUUUUCCUCGAGGAAUUGGACCUAAACCCAGCGACUUGAAAUGCGAAGCUUCACGAGAAACUGCACUUGUCAUCAUGAAUCACAUCAACCUCGUCGAGAUUCUCAUGGAUGUGAACCAGUGGUCGACAGUGUUCUCUGGCAUAGUGUCAAGAGCAAUGACCAUGGAAGUACUAUCAACGGGGGUGGCCGGGAACUACAACGGUGCCUUGCAAGUGAUGACAGCAGAGUUGCAAGUGCCUUCACCUCUAGUGCCAACUCGAGAGAGUUAUUUCGUGAGGUAUUGUAAGCAGCACGCUGACGGCACAUGGGCAGUAGUGGACGUCUCUCUCGACCAUCUCAGCACUGCUCCUGUCAAAUGUAGAAGACGACCUUCUGGUUGCUUAAUCCAAGAAAUGCCCAAUGGCUAUUCCAAGGUGACGUGGAUUGAACAUGUAGAAGUGGAUGAUAGAGGUGUACAUAGUCUAUACAAGCAGCUCGUUAGUUCAGGCCACGCUUUUGGUGCAAAACGAUGGGUUGCCACCUUGGAUCGACAGUGCGAAAGGCUUGCUAGUGCCAUGGCUUCCAACAUUCCCACUGCUGAUGUUGGAGUGAUAACAAACCAAGACGGGAGGAGGAGCAUGUUGAAGCUGGCGGAGAGAAUGGUGAUAAGCUUCUGUGCGGGAGUGAGCGCUUCCACGGCUCACACAUGGACAACACUCUCUGGAACCGGGGCGGACGAUGUUCGGGUCAUGACCCGAAAGAGCGUGGACGACCCGGGAAGACCUCCUGGUAUUGUUCUAAGUGCCGCAACCUCUUUCUGGCUUCCUGUUCCCCCCGAGCGAGUUUUUGACUUCCUCCGUGAUGAAAACUCCAGAAGUGAGUGGGAUAUUCUUUCCAACGGUGGGGUGGUCCAAGAAAUGGCACACAUAGCUAACGGACGAGAUACGGGGAAUUGUGUGUCCCUUCUCCGAGUGAAUAGUGCAAAUUCGAGCCAAAGCAAUAUGUUGAUACUGCAAGAGAGCUGCACCGACUCAACGGGGUCUUUCGUCAUAUAUGCUCCUGUAGAUAUAGUAGCCAUGAACGUGGUGCUGAAUGGAGGGGAUCCUGAUUACGUGGCACUUCUUCCUUCGGGUUUUGCUAUCCUACCCGAUGGCACCACGCCUCAUGGAGGUGCCAUCGUUGAAACAGGCCACGGCGGAUCCCUUUUGACCGUUGCUUUUCAAAUCUUGGUUGAUUCCGUACCCACUGCUAAGCUCUCUCUUGGAUCUGUCGCCACCGUCAACAACCUUAUUGCCUGCACUGUGGAGAGAAUUAAGGCUUCUUUAUCCUGCGAAGCUGCUUGAUCAUCAUCAACAAUACUACUCUAGAACUAAUUAAUAAAUUAAAAGCCUGUUUAGAAGAAGGUUAGGUCAAGAGUAGAGAAGAGUAUGAAAGAAGAAAAGGGUGGUGGUGAUCGAUGGGGGCGAAUAUCGAAGAAUGAGGUGAAGUCAAGAACGCACCUUGCAUGAUUCCUUCUCAGAAACCUAUGAAAAAUAGAGUGCUCAGAGGAUUAAGGUUCGGGAAUUGACUUCCCCCAGCCAGCUGGAUUAACUGUGUGCUUAAUUAAAUUAAAAAAAAAAAAAACUGCAAGCAUUGGUAGAAUUAAUUAGUUAGUUUUCAUUUCCUUUUUUUUUUUGGGUGAUCGGGUAGGUUUUCAAUUAACUUCAAUGUUGACUCUUUUAUUACUUCAAUUGUUAUUAUAUGCAUGUUUUAGAAAUAUUAGUUGAUAAUGGGAAGCAUGCCCCGUAUCACACACCAUUUGUCCCUUUCAAGGGCGUUUGAAAUGGAAUAACCUUUUCUGCCA